CAGCUCUCUCAGGGUACAGCCAUUCGAGGCCAUCCCAGGGUAUAUGUCUCAAGUAGCCAUGUCAGAGUGCUGUGAGGGCAUCUCCAUUACCGACUCCAAGGCCCUGUCGGACUGUGACCGGGAGAAAUCGGUGGGCCUGGAUGCAUCGACUCUGUCUCUGCCAGUGGCCCCGGCGCGAGAUGGUAUCCGCCGCAGGAAGCCGUGGUCCUUUUUUCUCGCAUUCUUUGCCUUGAUGCUGAUGGUCUUUCUGGUAUCACUUGAUGCAACCACUUUGGCCGUCGCUAUUCCGGCCAUUACCAGUGAGCUGUCCGGGACCACGCUCACAGCCUUCUGGGCCAGCAUCUCCUUCACCCUGGCUGUCGUGGUCGUCCAGCCGAUCUAUACCAGUGUUUCCGACAUUAUUGGACGAAAGCUCCCGCUCUAUGCCGCGUUUUCCCUCUUCUUCGUCGGCUCUAUUGUCUUCUCCGUCACCCCAAGUAUGGCUGUGCUUAUUCUAGGUCGGGUGCUACAAGGACUAGGAGGUGGUGGCCUGGACGUUCUCAGUGAGGUUAUUGUUGCGGAUAUGACAACUCUCCAGGAGCGCGCCCUGUAUAUCGGUCUGCUAUCAAUUCCCAUGGCAGCUGGUAGUAUCUUGGGACCCAUCCUUGGGGCGUUGUUCAGCGAGUUUGUGGACUGGAGGUGGAUUGGAUGGAUCAAUCUUCCCAUCAUUGGCAUCGCCGUCCUGCUGGCAAUCUUCUUCAUGCGUCUCAAACCGGUUACCGACUCAUUCCGUACGCAGCUUGCACGGCUGGACUGGCUGGGGAUCGUGCUAUUCACAAUCGGAUGCACGGUAUUCGCAUUGCCUCUGAGUUGGGCGGGGAACAUGUACCCGUGGAGAUCCUGGCAGACGAUUGUUCCCUUGGUGAUCGGAGUGCUGGUGCUGGUGGGCUUCGCUGUCUAUGAAUCUCGACCAGAAGCUCCAGUGUUUCCAUAUCGCAUUUUUCGGUCCCGGACAGCCCAGAUGUCCCUUAUUGGAAGCUUCAUCCAGGGCCUCGUACUCUACACUCUGUUAAUGUAUCUGCCCUUGUUCUUCCAGGCGGUGUAUUUAGAAUCGGCACUGGAAUCCGCUAUUUCGAUGCUCCCCUUUUGCUGUGUCCUCAUGGGCUUCACGGUCAUCGCGGCCUGGGCGCUGGAAUACUCCCGGAGUUACCGCUGGGAGAUUUGGGGGGGCUGGGUGUUCCUGACUGUCGGGGUUGGGCUGUUCUCGCUUUGGCAUCGUGAUACCGACCUUGCAAUGACGGCAAGCUUUCAGGCUAUUGCGGGAGUCGGGAUUGGGACGCUCUUUACGGUCCCGCCUAUUCCAAUGCAAGCCAGCGCUCCGACUGCGGAAGAUCAAGGCCUGGCUAUUGGGAUCAUGGUCUCAUUCCGCCUCUUUGGGGCCCUCGUCGGGCUUGCCAUCGGGUCCACGACGUUUGGAAGUGUUUUCGAACACUCUCUUUCGUCAGUCUCGUUGCCAGAGUCGUUGGAAUUUCUCAGAACGGCGGAAGAAGCCGUAAGCUAUAUUCCUCACCUCAGGACCGCCGCUCUAUCUCCGUUACUCCAGAGUGAGAUACGCGAUGCGUACAAGGAUGCCAUGCAGACCAUUUACUAUAUCUUGACAGCUUUUGGUGGGGUCGGGUUCUUCACCUCUCUCUUGAUCGAGCAACUGAAUAUCGAGACAGAAGAGCGGGGCCGGCAGUAUUUUGAGCAUGAGUCAGCAUAGUGACUGUGCGAGGACCUCAUUUAGGGGGAUAAUGUUGACACCGAUACAUAGUCGCGCGGGCGGAGCUAGCUCAGAAUCUAUAUCAUGAUACUAGGAGGUGGUGUAAUUGGCUUUGAUUCAAAAUUGUAUUCUAUCCCUUACCGCUCCAG